AAAUAAGGAAUCGACUUUUCCAUUUCUUACUUGUCAUGUCGUUCUUUUCAAGUGCUCGAACCCGCCUUCAGUCACUUGCCAUUUUUAUUGUUAAUAGUCGUGUUGGAAACUUGACUCAUGAGAACCCUUUGACUUUUCGUUUCUUCAGCUAUCCAAAGCAUAACUUAUAUACUACUUCUGUGUUGCCUGGGUCAAGUCAUUCAUUAUACAAAGGCACUCAUGGUUUCCCUCAUAGACAAGUACUCCAACAACCAACACUAUUAUUAUCGCUCAAACGCUCGUUAUUCUUACAAAGUCAACCCACUCCUAACCCAGACUCUGUCAAGUUUUUACCAGGUAGAGAAGUAGUUCCUAAUGAAGCAAGUGUAGACUUUCCCAACGCUCAGUCUGCUCAAAUAUCGCCUUUAGCAAAAAGGCUGUUUCGGAUUGAAGGCAUAUCUUCAGUUUUCUUAGGUCCUGACUUUGUGACGGUAACCAAAAGGGAAGAUGUCAGUUGGUCGGUGUUAAGGCCUGAGAUAUUUGAAGCCAUACUAGAAUUUUAUAGUAGUGAAGAACCCGUUCUUUUGGGAAGUUUACCCGAGUCAGAUACUACUAUAAGACCGGAAGACGAUGAAGUAGUUGCUAUGAUAAAGGAAUUGUUGGAAACAAGAAUCAAACCUGCAGUUGCAGAGGAUGGAGGAAAUAUAUUGUAUAGAGGAUAUAAUCCAGAUACUGGUAUUGUAGACUUGGAAUUACAAGGUUCUUGUACGACUUGUAGUUCUAGUGUAGUGACUUUGAAAAGUGGAGUAGAAAAUAUGCUUAUGCACUAUAUUCCUGAAGUCAAAGGUGUAAGAGAAGUCAUAAGUGAAGAAAGACAAAAGAUGGAACAAGUAAGUAGAGAACAAUUGCAAAGUUUAGAACAAAGACUUCGAGACUCCGGUGUAUUGAGAAGUUGACUAUGUUGUAUGAAAAUCAUAAAAAGAAUGUAAAAAAAGAAAGGAUUGGAAAAGGAGAUUAUAUAAUAUCUUAUAUGACAUUGGGUUUCCAAUCUCUAUUGUACUUUACAAACCAACCAAAGAUAUUAAAGCCUUGGAAAAAGUUGAGUAAGAAAUCAACGAAUGGUUCCAAGAACAAGUUUAUAAAUAGUGAAACGAAUUU